AUGGAGGUCCUGAAGGAGAAAGUGGAGGAGGAGGAGGAGGCCGAGCGGGAAGAGGCAGCCGAGAGGGGCGAGAAGGUUAUGAGGCCCGUGGAGAUGCGGAGGGAGGAACCGCCCAUGACGCAGGAGAUGCUCAGAGACCUAGAGAAGAAGCUGUCAGAGAUUGAGAUCGUCAUCCCGGAGCAGCCCUCGAUCAUUACCAGGGACACUUUCGACAUCUCCAAGCUCCCCCUCUCCUACCAAAGCAACACGCUCAAGGAGGAACACUUGCUGCAGGUGGCAGACAAUUUCGCCCGCCAGUAUAGCCACCUGUGCCCGGACCGUGUGCCCCUCUUCCUGCACCCGCUGAACGAGUGCGAAGUGCCCAAGUUCGUGAGCACAACCAUCCGGCCCACGCUGAUGCCCUACCCCGAGCUCUACAACUGGGACAGCUGUGCCCAGUUUGUCUCAGACUUCCUCUCCAUGGUGCCCCUGCCUGACCCCCUUCAGCCGCCCUCGCACCUGUAUUCCUCGACCACGGUGCUCAAGCACCAGAAGGGGAACUGCUUCGACUUCAGCACGCUGCUCUGCUCCCUGCUCAUCGGCGCCGGCUACGACGCCUACUGCAUCAACGGCUAUGGCUCUCGGGACCUGUGCCAAAUGGACCUGACGCGGGACGUGUGCCCGCUCACCAUGAAGCACAAGGAGGUGGUCCAGGAGGAAGAAAAGGUACCACCUAAGAAGUACGCCAUUAAACCGCCCAGAGACCUGAGCAGCAGGUUCGAGCAGGAGCAGGAAAUGAAGAAGCAGCAGGAGAUCAAAGCGGAGGAGGAGAAGCGGCGGAAGGAGGAGGAACAGCGCCUCCUGGAGGUGGAGAAAGCAAAGAUCGACCCCUUGCAUGGCCUACGGGUACACGCCUGGGUCCUGGUGCUGUCGGGGAAGCGUGAGGUGCCUGAGAGCUUUUUCAUCGAUCCGUUCACGGGGCGCAGCUACAGCACCCAGCAUGACCACUUCCUGGGCAUUGAGAGCCUCUGGAACCAUAAGAACUACUGGGUCAACAUGCAGGACUGCUGGAACGGCUGCAAGGACUUGGUGUUUGACCUGGGAGACCCUGUGAGGUGGGAGUACCUGCUCCUGGGGACAGAUAAGGCCCACCUGUCUAUGGCUGAGGACGAGGAGGACGGAAUGAAUGAUGAUGAAGAUGUGGAGAACCUGGGCAAGGAGGAUGAAGAUAAGAGUUUCGACAUGCCAUCCUCAUGGGUAGAGAAGAUUGAGAUCUCUCCGGAAGUGUUCGAGACCCGCUGCCCAAAUGGGAAGAAGGUGAUCCAGUACAAGAGGGCGAAGCUGGAGAAGUGGGCACCGUAUCUCAACAGCAACGGCCUCGUGUGCCGCCUCACCACCUACGAGGACUUGGAGUGUACCAAGACUUUGGAGAUAAAGGAGUGGUACCAGAACCGGGAGGACAUGCUAGAGCUGAAACACAUCAACAAGAGCACGGGCCUGAAUAUCGACUACUUCAAGCCAGGCCAUCCCCAGGCUCUGCGUGUGCACUCGUACAAGUCCAUGCAACCUGAGAUGGACCGCGUCAUGGAGUUUUACGAAACGGCCCGUGUGGAUGGCCUGAUAAAGCGGGAGGAGACACCCAAGACAAUGACGGAGUAUUACCAGGGACGGACUGACUUCCUCUCCUACCGCCACGUGGAUUUCGGGGAGAGGGUCAAGAAGUUGGCUCUGAACAGCGCGGAGUCAAACCCCCGGCCAAUGGUGAAAAUCACAGAGCGGUUCUCCCGCAACCCUGAGAAGCCCGCAGACGAGGACGUAGCCGAGCGCGUGUUUCUGAUCCCGGAGGAGCGCAUCCGGCUGUGCUACCACUGCUGGGACGACCGCAUCACGGCCUCCAAGCGCGAGUUCCUGCGGCACACGGAGGUGGACAGCAAGGGCAACAAGAUCAUCAUGACGCCCGACAUGUGCAUCGGCUUUGAGGUGGAACCCAUGGAGCACACCAAGAAGCUGCUCUACCAGUACGAGGCCAUGAUGAAGCUGAAGAACGAGGAGAAGCUGUCCAGACAUCAGGCCUGGGAGUCGGAGCUGGAGGUGCUGGAGAUCCUGAAGCUUCGAGAGGAGGAGGAGGAGGUGCACACCCUGACCAUCUCCAUCUAUGACGCCAAGCGCAAUGAGAAGAGCAAAGAGUAUCGGGAGGCCAUGGAGCGCGUGAUGCACGAGGAGCACCUGCGGCAGGUGGAGGCCCAGCUGGACUACCUGGCCCCGUUCCUGGCCCAGCUCCCUCCGGGAGAGAAGCUGACGCGCUGGCAGGCCAUGCGGGUCAAGGACGAGUGCCUCAGUGACUUCAAGCAGCGGCUCAUCGACAAGGCCAACCUCAUCCAGGCCCGUUUUGAAAAGGAGACCCAGGAGCUGCAGAAGAAGCAGCAGUGGUACCAGGAGAACCAGGUGACCUUGACGGCCGAGGUCGAGGACUGGUACCUGAGUUACUGCUCUCAGGCCAUGUUCCGCAUCCGCAUCCUGGAGCAGCGGCUCCACCGCCACAAGGAGCUGGCCCCGCUCAAGUACCUGGCUCUGGAGGAAAAGCUCCACAAGGACCCACGCCUGGUGGAGUUCCUGAAAGUCUUCGUCUGAUGCUCGGCCGAAGCCGAAGCUGCCAGAGCAAGAACCCGCCUCCACGGCCUGGCCCCUGUGCUCUCUACAGCCAGCAAAUGACCGUCCCCUCCAGUGCCUGACCUCACUGCCACCCCGCCUCCCAGCAGCCCUGUCUCUCCUGCUUCUCAUGACUUUCCUGUAAAUAAACACACUUUCCUUUCAUUCUUUUUUAUUAUGUUCAGUUAGCCAACAUAUGGUACAUCAUCAGUUUUUGAUGUAGUGUUCAACGAUUCAUUAGUUGCAUAUAAACACACUUUUCAUUUGCCGUCCAUACCUCAUGUUUCACAAGUUCUAGCGGAGGCUUCUUCUCCUUCCCUUCUUUAUCUAUAGCCUGAGACUCCCCCGGUCCCCACCCACCUUGGCCCCUUUCCUCAAUUGCUCCCUCUCCUUUGGAAUUCUCACCAUUGGAAUGUUCAGUCUUUGCAGCCCCCCUGCAGAUGGUCCCAUGGCCACCUUCAAACAACUGGUUAGAUCUCAACAACGUGGCUAGGGUGGCCCAGAUGACAGAGGGUGAGUGGCAAGGCCAAGGUGCAUGCUCCAGAACUUGGGAGCUCCACAUUAGACUGCAAAGAACAGCAUCCCAGCUCUGCAUCUUACCAGCCACUAUUUAGCCAUCUGUGAAAUGGGAUGGUCCUGUUGUUGUCUUAAAUAAGACUUGUAGGGCGCCUGGGUGGCUCAGUCGGUUAAGCGACUGCCUUCGGCUCAGGUCAUGAUCCUGGGGUCCCGGGAUCGAG